AUGUCGACCAAAGAGAAACUGAAACGUGCCAGAACGAUGGGGGAAGUUUUACUCAUUUUAAAUAUGCCUGAGUAUUUACCAUUUUUUGAGAAAGCGAAUAUCCUUCAAGCAUCAACCUUAAAGCUAUUAAGAGAAAUUGAUCUGAAGUGCAUUGGUAUCGAUAAUUCUGGGCGAAAGAAACUUCUUAAGGCGGUUCGAUAUUUAUCGAAAAAUCCGAUGACAGUUGGUGAUACGAUCCGACGAGGUAUACAAUGUGCUGCAAAUGUGGAAUCGAGGGAUCCCGAAAUUAAUGAGAAGUUCUGCUUGCAAAAAGCCGAGGAUGAAUUAUUGCGAUGCAAAGUGGAAUUGAAUUUAAAACGAAAUGAAUUGGUACGGAUACAGAAGCAAGCUAAACUCAUUCGUGAGAUAUUUGAAAUGACAGGUGAUGCAAGAGAAUAUGUGCAGAAACUUCGAAAAAACUGCCACACAUGCGGCAGUUUAUCCAUACAACGAUUAGCUAUUGACCUUGAAAGUUUACUUAACAACAUUUUCCUUCCAAAUGCCAAUUCAAAUCCAUCUAAUCUAAAACCUUUGAAAAGGCAUAACACUCAACUUUACUGUUCAAAUGAAACAGGUGCUGGUCCCUGGUAUACGAAGAUUUUAAAACCUACAAGUGUUCAAGGUUAUAAACAGCCUCCUGCGGCAAUUUAUUACCAUUCUGUUGAUGAAGAUAACACGUAUCACGAAACAACAGCAAUAUCACUGCCAACUUCAGCAACGUCGCAAUAUGAACUUCCAAGUUUAGUGGACGGAUUAUUCCUGAAAUUUGGAAAAAACAAAACAUCAACACCCCAUAAACAACAGUCGUCGGCGGUUAAAAGAUAUUCGAACAACAGUAGCAACACAAGACAUCAGUCAUUUGUUCGUUGUUCACGCCAAAAGUUUCUUCGCGAAAACAUAAAUGUACUGCUGAUUUCAGCACCACUGCCUCAAAAAAGUAAUGAACUGUUUGGAGUUCAACUCUGA